AUUAAUUUCAGCACCAUUAACUGUAGUGGAGUGCCUGAUCUGCUCUGCCUGAAGAAUCAUUUUGAUGAAAAGAAUUUGAUAUGGGCAAUACAACCUUUCAUGUCCUACCCUCUUAUUUAUUUGUGUUUGCCAACUUACACCUACUUUUUAUCCUCCUCCAUCCUUAAAUCCCUUUUGUUGUCAUUAUUAGGACAACCUUAUUCUCCUUGGCGACACUGAAAAUCAAGCUGUUAAAUAUUCCCUAGAUUGCUAUUGAGUGAUUGGAGCAGUGAAUAUUUAACAUUACGUGCCAACGCUAACAUAUACGCUACAACAUGUGCUCCUGAGGCCCUUAGGCUAAGCAGUUACUUUGAUUCAUUCUCCUCGUUACGUAAUAAUCUACAAAGAUGGAUGAUGAAAUGAGUGAUUAUCUCAAUAAGAUGCAAAUCAAAGAGACAUCGGAACUGUAUGUUCGAUGUAGUACAGUAUGUUUUGAUCGAUGUGUUAAUAAUUUCACUGCACGCAAAUUGAAUGAGAAAGAGACUGAAUGUGUUGAUAAGUGUACAGAAAAAUUCGCCAAAAUGAACCAACGUUUAACACUUAGACUAUUUGAGUUGAACCGUGAAGAAUUGGUCAAGCACUGAACGUAUAUUCGAGGUUAUUCAUGAAAUAGGAAAUCAGUAUGUGUACAAAGCUCCAUCGAAUGUUUCUGUCAUGAAUUAUAUUCAUGGAUACUGUCGUACAUAUAGUACUUUAUAUACUGCUUUUUCACCUAUCCCCAUAAUAUUCUAAAUAUAAUUGCUAGUCAAAAUUAAAAACUGUAGUUUUCAGAAGUUUAUAAACUGAAAACAUCACUGAAGGCUAUAUCACAAACUUUAUCGCGUUUGAAAUGUUGAAUAAGAAUAUUCAGUCGAAAUACAUAUGAUGAUUAAAAUGCCAUAUAUGUUGGGCACCAGGCUACGUGGUUAAUAGCAUAAAGUGAAGAUGUGCUAUUGAAACCCCAUGUCCUACUCGGAACCAAAAGGAAUAGUAACAAUAUAUAACAUACUGUAAUCGAAACAUCAGCUGGUUACUAAUAAUAUAUCACCGUUAAGAUUAUUUAGUAUUGAAAUAUACUCCAUCAGUGCUCGAAUUCCACAUUAACGUUCAUAUUACUUAAAGUCUUCUAGCUCAGAUUGGUCAAAAAAAUGUUUGAUCUUUGGUAUUAAUACCAACUCCAAACUUGUAUUCAUCAAAAAAAAUUUCUUGUACUUUUUUAUAUAAUCCAACUCGUUCAUCAUUACCAUUGUCCUUUAUCAGAAUACAAAACAACAAUGGUGUCCUUUUGCAGUUUGCGUAAAGAUCUCUUAUGUCCUUUGGUAGUAGAUGACUUUUGAAGGUUGUGAUUCGAAAGGAAGAUCUUCCAGUAUCUACGACACCUAUAAACCCAGUCUUUGUGUAUGGAGACCAAUGAUGGUCAAUUUGAAUCUAUCAUUGUAAUGUGUCUUACGAAACAUUAUUAUUAUUUUGUCUCAUAUUAUUUUAAGUUCAUUUAAAACUAGCAUUUGUCAGUGCCAUUAUCUUAUGGUUUUAUUAUUAUUACUGUUUUUACCAAUAUUAUUUAGUAUGUAAUAUCUGAUAUAUUCACGUUCCUUAUCUAAUAACUAAUUGUUUAUCUAAGUGGUGUAACUGAAGCGUAAUUCAUUAUCUGAAUUUUAAUCCCUCAUCUAUUUGAACAUGACGUGAAAACUAUUCAUAAAUGUUUUGCAUGACUCAUUUAGUGUAGUUAAUUUACUUAUACGUCUCAUAUUUCUCAAUUUAAUUCUAGUGGUAUAUAUAAAUAUAAAUAUCACUGUAUGUAGAGUAUUCAGAUGAGGAGUCCAGCUUACAUUCUUGUUUAUUGAUCACUAUGAGAUAGAAUACUUUGAAUAACAUGAACGUUAGUGUGAAAUCCGAGCACUGGUAGAGUAUACUUUCAUAUUAAAUAGUCUUUAACGGUGAUACAUUAGUAAUCAGCUGAUAUUUUGAUUACAGUGUAUUAUAAAAUAUAGAAAAAAAACCCCAUUUAGACAUUUAGAAAACAGAAGGAU